AUGCUGGUGGACAUCCUGAAGCAGAACGGCGUGAAUGCGGAGGGCUGCCUCUUCGACCAGCACGCAUGCACCGCCCUGGCCUUCGUCACCCUCAAGUCCAACGGAGAGCGUGAGUUCAUGUUCUACCGCAACCCGUCGGCCGACAUGCUCCUCACCGAAGCCGAGCUCAACCUGGACCUCAUCCGCCGAGCUCGCAUCUUCCACUACGGCUCCAUCUCGCUCAUCACCGAGCCCUGCCGCUCCGCCCAUGUCGCCGCCAUGCGUGCCGCCAAGUCGGCCGGCAUUCUAUGCUCGUACGACCCCAACGUGCGCCUCCCGCUCUGGCCCUCCGACCAGGCUGCCCGCGAUGGCAUCAUGAGCAUCUGGAAGGAGGCCGCCAUCAAGGUGAGCGACGAGGAGGUGGCCUUCCUCACCCAGGGUGACGCCCACGACGAGAAGAACGUCCUCUCCCUCUGGUUCGAGGGCCUAAAGCUGCUUGUCGUCACCGACGGUGAGAAGGGGUGCAGGUACUUCACCAAGGACUUCAAGGGCUCCCUGCCAGGGUACUCUGUUGACACCGUCGACACCACCGGCGCCGGCGAUGCCUUUGUUGGAUCCCUCCUGAUCAACGUCGCAAAGGAUGACUCCAUCUUCUACAAUGAGGCCAAGCUGAGGGAGGUGCUCCAGUUCUCCAACGCUUGCGGGGCCAUCUGCACCACCAAGAAGGGAGCCAUCCCGGCGCUGCCCACCACUGCCACCGCCCUCGAGCUCAUCAGCAAGGGCACCAACUAG